CGCUCUCCGCCCGCCCUCAGCUGAAGAUGGCGGGUGCCGGCCGCGUCUGGCGGGUCGGAGCGCUGCUGUUGCCGCCAGCCUGGCGGCUGCGGGCCCCGGGACGAGCCUUCGGCGCCGCGGCGGGACGGGGAGGCAGCAGCGGCGGCGGCCGCCUGGUGCUGGGCGCUGCGUUCGCUCUGGGCGGCGCCGCGGGGCUGUGCCUGGCGGCGCGGCAGCGCCUGCGGGAGCACUCGGCCGCUGAGCUGCCUGCAGGGAGCCUGCAGCUCACUCUCUACCAGUAUAAAACAUGUCCUUUCUGCAGCAAAGUCCGAGCUUUUCUUGAUUACCAUGGACUGCCCUAUGAAAUUGUGGAAGUGAACCCAAUCAUGAGGAAGGAGAUCAAAUUCUCUUCCUACAGAAAGGUGCCCAUCCUGCUAGCCAAUGCUGGAAGCCCUCUGCAAUUGAACGACUCCUCGGUGAUAAUCAGUGCAAUAAAGACCUAUCUUGUUUCCAGGAGGAAUAGCUUAGAAGAAAUUGUGUCCUUUUAUCCACCUGUUAAAACAGUGACUGAACAAGGCAAGGAGGUGAUUGAGUAUGAGAAUAAAUACUGGCUCAUGCUGGAUGAGAAGGAGACCAAAAAAGUCUAUCCUGUCAAAGAAGUGAGAGUGGAAGAAAUGAAGUGGAGAAAAUGGGCAGAUGAUUGGCUUGUUCACCUCAUCUCCCCCAAUGUUUACCGCACCCCCAAAGAAGCUUUGGCAUCUUUUGAUUACAUUGUCCGUGAGGGGAAGUUUGGCACCUUGGAAGGUCUCUUUGCCAAAUACGUGGGGGCUGUUGCCAUGUUCUUCGUUAGCAAGAGGCUGAAGAAAAGACACCAGCUUCGAGAUGAUGUCCGAGAAGAUUUGUAUGAAGCAGUUAAUGAGUGGGUGAAAGCUGUUGGCAAAAAUCGACUGUUCAUGGGCGGGAACCAGCCAAACCUCGCUGACCUGGCAGUGUACGGGGUACUCCGGGUCAUGGAAGGGCUGGAAGCCUUUGAUGACAUGAUGGUUCACACCAAAAUUCAGCCUUGGUACCAGCGCAUGGAAGAAGUAAUUGAAAAAACUGGAGUUGCAAUCUGAUGCCAGCUGCAGCUGCCUCCCUGAAGUACUUGCAUGGUGAAAACUUCAGAAGAAGUGGCUUUUAUUUUUAGAGUUGUCUGGUCACACCUAAUGGACUGACAUGUGGGCACAGAGACCACCCCGGUUGGAACAUCAAGCUGCUGUGAGAGAAGGGUCCAGCUGGGUGUUUGUAGAAGGAUGGGGACAGGUAAAAGAAAGAUAUUUUGGAUGCUGCUGGAAAGGAGGCACUCUGAACUGAAGAAUGCAGCAAAAAGGUUUCUUUCAGACAAGAGACACCUUUAGAGCAGGUUACUGUAAAAGCAAGAUGCUCUUGGCUGGUGUUAUGGCUGAUGUGGUAGGCCUGACCAGCUUUUGCCUCAGGCUGUCUUCUGCUACUCAUCCAUGUCAUCUGAAGUGUUUUCCUGACUGAGACACUGGAUACUGGUUUUUAAGUGAAAAUAUUUCCUGCAAUAGAAUCUUGUAAACCUAGUGCUAAGGGAACUGGAGGAAUCUGCAGUGCUGGAGAAGGCACCCUUCCUCUGACAGCAGCGAGGCUGCACUCAGCAAGGCAUUUGCUUUCACUCUUCCAUGUAAACGGUUCUCUCAGGAUUUGAUUCUGUACGAUCUGCAAGGAUAAAGGCUGGCUUUAUUCUGUCCCCUUUGUGAGAUCUGAGUUCUUACUGUACCCUUUACACCCAAAGAACAUGGCCUACACUGAAAUCACAAAUACAGAGCAGUUAUUGGAAAGGCUUGUCUUGCAUGAGAUCUCUCUGGAAUAUCCCUGAAGAUCAGUUUGUUCUUCUUUUAGGAAAAGAAGGAUUAAGAGCCAUCUGCAUGGCCACGGUAUCUCUAGAUGUUUCUGUCAUGCAAGAGUAACAAAGGAUUUGCUGAUGUGGCAGUCAGAUUAGGAGCUGUACCUGCAGCUAAGUCUUCUGAGCUGUGCUGAGUAGAAUCAUAGAAUGGUUUGGGUUGGAAGGGACCUUAAAAACCAUCUUGUUCCAACCUCUGCCAUGGGCAGGACACCUUCCAUUACACCAGGUUGCUCCAAGCCCUGUCCGACCUAACCUUGAACACUUCUAGGAAUGGGGCAGUCACAGCUUCUCUGGGCAAGCUGUGCCAGCACUUCCCCAUCCUCACAGGGGAGAAUUUUUGUAACAUCCCAGGUAACCCUGCUCUCUGUCAGUGGGAAGCCACUACCCCUUGUCAAAGUCCCUCUCUAACUGCAGAAACCAUAUUUGUCAUAGCAAGACACAAUGCAGGUUCAAAUGUGAGUGAUCCUCUGCACAGCCCAAGUAUCCUUAAUUACCACCUUGAUUAAGUUCUGUUUCCCUAGGAGAACAGGCAGGUUUCAGGGAAUCUGAUUUGUUGUGAUAUUUCAGGUGCAGCUGAAGCUGGUCUUUAAAUACAACUACUUGUUCAGUGUGUGUUCAGGGAGAGUACCUUUAUUGGUUAUAACAAUGGUGGUGAUACAGGUUUGGGUUUUUUCUGAAUGGAGAACUAGUUCCAAAUUCCAAAUUUAUGAUCUGACAUUGAAGGGAGAAAGAAAAUGUUUACAGUACAAAUGGCUGCGUGGCUCCUGUGAUUUGUAUUUCCUUAAACUGUUCUGUACUGAAACUUGUGUUCCAUAGUAUCAACAAGCAGUGUUCUUUUAAAGAAUUAUAUUGAACAUGCAUAAACAGGAGGUUGAAGAAACCCAUGAUGAUAAUUUCAGCAUCCACCUCAAACUGAGAGGGAGGAAGAGAUUUUCAUGUUAAAUGAGGAUCUGAAGCACCAAGGGCUCAGUGAUUCCACUUCUCCUUGCUGUGAUACAUGAAUCAGUCCUCUCAAGGUCAAUAUCCAUAACACUAACAUGCCAAUAAUAUUACAUUAAAUAAAGAUUGUUUCAGGA